AUGGAAGAGCAGGCCAUUCAGCAGAUUGUGUCCUCGCUGGAGCUGGUGCACGAUCCGCGUACCAGCAACAGACAGCGGCAGGAGGCUCAAUCGCUCUUGGAAACCAUCAAACAAAAUGAAGACGCGCCGUUCUGGGGUUGGCAGCUGGCGUCGCCCAAACAAGGCUACUCGCCCGUGGUGCGCCACUUUGGCCUAGGGCUGAUCCAGCAUGCCAUCCAGUACAUGUUUCUGUACUACGACGCCCCCCGCAAGGCCGCGGUGCGCGACUGGGUCAUUGAUCUAGCGACCAAUGUGACCGCCGACGACCCCCAUUACAUCAAGGAGAAGCUCUGCGUGCUUUGGGUCAACAUCGCCAAGCGAGUGUGGGGAGUCGACAAGCCCACCGAUACAGACACAAACAACAACACAGAUUCGAACAACACAGACAACAACAACAAUAACAAUAGUAACAGCAGCACAACAACCGACUCGUCGUGGAAAAACAUGGACGCGCUGCUCGUCCAAAUGUGGGAUGCCAACCUCCAGACCCGGGAGAUCUCGCUCGGUGUGUUCCGAACGCUGUUUGAGGACAUUUGGAUCCUGGAAGACACCGUCGCCGCCAAACGUUCCUCGAUCCUUACGGCCCAAUGCAUCGAGGUUGUCACAUCCGAAGAGGUCUUGGAGCAAAUGUACGAGAACCGAGUGGCGGAACUAAGACAACUUCGUCAGGGAUCCGAAGGCUGGAUCAACAGGUGGGCAGCGUUCCUGGCCGAGCUGCUGGCCAAGGGUGAUGAGCCCCAGUGGGUCGUACAGCUCCUGCAAACAAUCAAAACCUGCCUAUACUGGGUGCUCCCUGCCGCUAUUCGAAAGGCCGAUCUCCUGGGUCUGCUUUCACAGGCGAUCACCUCCUCCGAUCUGAACGUCCAGGUCGAGGCAACCGAGUGUCUCCACACGCUCUUUACGCGGCCCUUUUCCCAGGACGAAGAGUUCCAGGCCAUUGUAGGCUCCGUCUUCCUGCCCCAAGGAAUCUCCACGCUACAUGGUGUUUAUGACUCGAUCCGUCUAGACGUGAAUAACCUUGACGAGCGAGCGUACGCGCUGACCAAGAAGUUUGUCGAGAUGGUCGUGGGACUGGGAGAGUACCUCAAUGUGUACAAGGGCUGCCAUCUGCCAGCUGGAUCGGAUGUGGGUGGAUACCUGCGCCUGGUUCUGGCCAUUGUGCAGCACGAUUCACUGCUCGUCUCGUCUCUAACGCUACAGUUCUGGUGCUCUAUUUUGCGAAUGGACGAGGUCACAGGCAAACAAGAGGCUGAACGACUGCUCCCUCAACUGCUGGAGAUUGCCGCCGACAGAUGCAUCAAAUACGAGGACGUGGACGACUCGCACGUGUCUGUGCAGUACCUGGAGAUGGACUUCGACUCGCCUCCCGAGCGCCAUAUGUUUCUGUGCAACUACAGACGGUUCAUGGACGACAUUGUACGGCUGUGCGUAUACCAGAACCCCGUGGACUCCAUCACAUGGCUGCAGCAACGCAUGGCGCAGUUUUUCUCGCAAGAAAAUGUGGCCUGGCAGGUGUUUGAACGCGACCAAUUUGAGGAAUACAAGGGAAACCCCGCAUUUUUCGUCUCCUACUGCCAGUUUAAUCUUGUGGAGGCUUCUCUGCGGGGAGUGUCGCGAUGGCAGGCUCUUACAAAGGAGGAUACGGACUCGUGGCGAGCCAAGGAGGCGGAAAUUCUGCGAUUAGUGGAAAACUGGGGCACUUCCCUUCUGGGCAUGAAUCUGCGCGAUCCCCAGCUGGUACGAAAGUCGACCCAGACGCUGGUCCAGGUGGCGCCUAUGCUCAAGGACAGGACGCAGUUUGUGUUCCAGAUUCUCGAGCGGGUCAUUUCGGGAUGCACCUACCAGCUUGGUGGCAAGUCUCAGGACUCUCUGACCGAUGACGAGCGAGCGCUGAUCAAGGAGGUACACAUUUCAUGCGGCACCGAGCUCAACCGGCUGGCAUACCUGAUGCCUGACUCUCUGGCACCCAUCUACUCUGAUCUGGAGCGAGUUGUCAUUGAUUUGUUCCAGUCGAACAAGUUGACAGAGCACGAGGGAGUGGCGUUCAAGUCGUUCCUUCUGGUUGUUUCGCAGCGAUGUUCUGCUUCGCUGACUUCACCCGAGGAGAGAGCCCAUCGGUUUGGCACCAUUGUGGACCCUGUAUUUGAGUGCUGGACCGACCCAGGCACCGUAAAGGGCCUUACCGACCUGCAGUGGUUCAUGGAGCAUAUCGGAAUUGUUCGAAUUGCGGAGUACUUCCGGUCUCGAGGAGUGACGUCUUCCACUAACCUCCUCGAGGAGCAGAUGGAUGAGCCCGGCUUUCAGCUGCGAAACCAGCUCAAGGAGAAAUGUUCGGUGCUUUUCCCCAUUCGACAGACCCGGAUCUUCUUGCAAUACUCCAUCGAGCGUCUAGAUCGAGACUCUCCAGAGUUUCUUGCUCUCCUGGCUCUCUGGAAGCCCCGAAUCCAGCCCAUCCUGCCCCACAUUCUGCAGCUCAUCACACAGAUCCAGGCGUACCACAAUCCCAAGAAUUGGACCACGUUACCCUCCGAGGUGCAGUCGUUCGUCAAGUACUCUGUGCAGGAGCGGUUCUGGCAGGUGGGCGUGUCCAUUAAGUCCAAGGACGAGUUUGUGGACGAAAACGUCAAGGCCAUGCAGUCGUUGCGAGACUUUGCCGACUCCAUUGGCCACAUUGUAAGAUACACGAGAGAGUACUCGUUUUUCGCCGUAUCGUCCAUCUCUGCUCUUAACGAGACUCUGUACGAGAUUCCAGACAUCGCCACCAAUCUGUGGAAGGCUCUCGUUGGUGCUGACGACGGAGUCGGCAUCACUCUGCACUCUUGGCGGCAUAUGGUGUCCAUGGUUGUACGGCCCGUCAUCAAGAACUGUCCCUUGAACCUGGUGCCCGAAUUCAUGCCCCAGUUUCUGCCCCAUGUGCUGACCAAGCUGGACGAGGUUCUCACCACCAAGUGGGGUGCUAUGACCAACCUGCAGCUGCCGUCAGCGGGUGAUGACAACUACGACGCCAUGGUGACCGCUGAGGCUGCUGAUGACGAGCAGCUGUCCGAUGAAAUGAUGGAUGAGCAUCUGCUUCGACAGCUGACCAACGUUGUCGGCCGAUUCCUAAUCGAUCUAGUGGGUCAUGAGAAGGCUUCCACUCCCAAGACGGCCCAACCUCCUGCCCCUGGAGCUCCUCCUUCCAACGCGAAGGUGCUCAAGAAAGUGACACUGACCAACAAGGACAUCCUGGGUCCGUUCUUGGUGCUGUGCAACCACGUGAUUGGGUUCCGAGACUCGCGAUGCUCAUUUAACGUGUGCUUAUUGCUGCGAGGCAUUCUGCCCCUGAUUCUUAACAAAUGGGGUGAGCUGGACGAUUUCCUGGUGAGCGAGGUAAUGAAGACGUGCAUCCGCAUUAUCCAUGACCCCUUUUACGUGGAGGUGCACUCCGAAGCCGGCUACAUCGUGACUCUCAUCUACACAUACAUCUCCAACGAGUCGGACUCCCCCGCCAAGCUGCUGCUAGCCUACUACAAUCACCAGCAGCAGGAAGGAGGACACAGCAGUGUGACCCCCCAGGAUAUUAUCAACUUUGAGAAGCAGCUGAGCAAUAGCAACCGGUCGUUGCGACAACAGCGAGGAGUGGUUCUGGACUUCCUCAUGUACCACCAUCCCAUGCGACCCUCGGAGGCCGACGGAGGACAAAACAGCCGACAGGCCCAGAUGCAGAAGCUGGCCAAAAAGCAGCAGGCCGCACAGCGAAAGCAGUUGCUCUCUAAGAAGACAGAUACCGGUGAUCUGCUCAUGGAGACGGAGGAGGAGGCCGGGCUCGGCAACCUCUUUGGCCAGUAA